UCUGACGCAAUUCGCGACCUAAGAACAGAAGUGUAUCAAACCGCUUAAAAGCACGGUAGUAUAAAUACCAAGUUGAAAGCAGACUAGAGCACAGUUCAAUCUGCUCCACCAACCAGUGAACAAGUCACCAAAACACCUCAAAAUGGCAUUCAAGUUUGUGAUCUUCGCCGCCGUCGUUGCCGUUGCCCGCGCUGGCCUCAUUGCCUCGCCAGCAGUUUCUUACGCUGCUGCUCCGGCCCUUGUCGCUGCCCCGGUGGCCAAGGUCGCUACUUAUGCUGCUCCGAUCGCCAAGGUUGCGUACGCCGCCCAGCCAGAAGAGUACGACGCGAACCCUCAGUACUCGUUCUCGUACGGAAUCUCGGACUCCCUGACCGGAGACUCCAAGUCCCAGCAGGAAUCGCGCAGCGGAGAUGUUGUCCAGGGAUCGUACUCCGUCGUUGACCCCGAUGGUCUGAAGCGUACCGUUGACUACACCGCUGACCCACACAACGGAUUCAACGCUGUGGUCCGUCGUGAGCCUCUCGCCGCCAAGGUCAUCGCUGCCCAGCCCGCCGUCGCCUAUGCUGCUCCUCUGGCCGCGAAGACCAUCUCUUACGCCGCUCCAGUAGCCAAGACCAUCUCGUACGCCGCCCCAGUGGCCACCAAGACCUACGUCUCGAGCCCAGCUAUCUCCUACGCUGCUCCAGUAGCCAAGACCUACGUAUCCAGCCCAGCUGUAUCCUAUGCCGCUCCUCUGGCCACCAAGACCUACGUCUCGGGCCCGGCUGUCUCGUACGCCGCUCCUCUGGCCAAGACCUACGUCUCGAGCCCAGCUCUCUCGUACGCCGCCCCUGCCUACGCUUCCUACCACACUAGAGCACAGUUCAAUCUGCUCCACCAACCAGUGAACAAGUCACCAAAACAUCUCAAAAUGGCAUUCAAGUUUGUGAUCUUCGCCGCCGUCGUUGCCGUUGCCCGCGCUGGCCUCAUUGCCUCGCCAGCAGUUUCUUACGCUGCUGCUCCGGCCCUUGUCGCUGCCCCGGUGGCCAAGGUCGCUACUUAUGCUGCUCCGAUCGCCAAGGUUGCGUACGCCGCCCAGCCGGAGGAGUACGACGCGAACCCUCAGUACUCGUUCUCGUACGGAGUCUCGGACUCCCUGACCGGAGACUCCAAGUCCCAGCAGGAAUCGCGCAGCGGAGAUGUUGUCCAGGGAUCGUACUCCGUCGUUGAUCCCGAUGGUCUGAAGCGUACCGUUGAUUACACCGCUGACCCGCACAACGGAUUCAACGCUGUUGUCCGUCGUGAGCCCCUCGCCGCCAAGGUCAUCGCUGCCCAGCCCGCCGUAGCCUAUGCUGCUCCUCUGGCCGCCAAAACCAUCUCUUACGCCGCUCCAGUAGCCAAGACCAUCUCGUACGCUGCCCCAGUGGCCACCAAGACCUACGUCUCGAGCCCAGCUAUCUCCUACGCCGCUCCAGUAGCCAAGACCUACGUGUCGAGCCCAGCUGUGUCCUAUGCCGCUCCUCUGGCCACCAAGACCUACGUCUCGGGCCCGGCUGUCUCCUAUGCCGCUCCUCUGGCCAAGACCUACGUCUCGAGCCCAGCUCUCUCGUACGCCGCCCCGGCCUACGCUUCCUACCACUUCAAGCUCGCACUUGAAAAAAGGCUAAAGUUGUUUCUGUUUAGUGGAUGCAGUUUGACAAGAACAGCCUCAUUCGCCAUUCGGGGCAAGCGCACGGUCGGGCGUAUAAAUUGGGCAGCUCGACCCACUGCAGGCACAGUUCGAUUGAUCAUCCGGUGCUGUGAACAACAUCUGCUCCAACCCGAAGCAAAAAUGGCAUUCAAGUUCGUGACCUUCGCUGCACUGAUCGCCGUUGCGCGCGCUGGCCUCAUCGCCUCGCCCGCUGUCAGCUAUGCUGCGACCCCGGCCGUAGUCGCUGCGCCAGUCGCCAAGGUCGCUUAUGCUGCCGCUCCGGCAGUGGUUGCUGCACCCGUUGCUAAGGUUGCGUACGCCGCCCAGCCAGAAGAGUACGAUGCCAACCCGCACUACUCAUUCUCGUACGGAAUCUCGGACGCCCUGACCGGAGACUCCAAGUCCCAGCAGGAAUCGCGCAGCGGAGAUGUUGUCCAGGGAUCGUACUCCGUCGUUGACCCCGAUGGCACCAAGCGUACCGUCGAGUACACGGCUGACCCGCACAACGGAUUCAACGCUGUCGUCCACCGUGAGCCUCUGGCCGCUGCCAAGGUUGUUGCUGCCGCCCCGGUCGCUACCAAGGUUAUUGCCCAGCCCGCCGUCGCCUAUGCCGCACCGCUGGCCACCAAGACCGUCGUUGCUAGCCCGGCCAUCUCGUACGCUGCCCCGGUAGCCAAGACCAUCUCGUACGCCGCUCCGGUUGCUAAGCUGGCCACACCAGUCGCUUACACCGCCGCGAUCCACCACUAAGUGCGCAUCCCUCGACUGUCAACAACCGGCACCGUUUGUACAUAUCUUCAAAACCCCCGUUACAAGACUCACGCAUCAUUCGUUUAAUUUAUUGAACGUUUUGUUUUGAAUAUAAAGAACAAUCAAUUGAAUCCGUCAAAA